UUUGCCGGAUCUCGCCGCUAGAUGGCAGCUGGCAGAGGAUUGGCGCGCUUUACGGACCUGGAGGAAUUGGAUGAAGUCUUCACUGAGAGGAGGACCCAGAGGCACAAACUGAAAUCUUACCAAGAUUCUAAGGUGAAGAGAUUUUGCUCCAAAAAUAUUCUGAUCACCCUUGGUUUCACCUCUAUCUUGGCUGUGAUAGCUCUGAUUGCUGUGGGACUGACCCAGAACAAACCUUUGCCAGAAAACGUGAAGUAUGGGAUUGUGUUGGAUGCGGGGUCGUCUCACACCAACCUGUACAUCUACAAGUGGCCGGCCGAGAAGGAGAAUGACACAGGGGUGGUGCAGCAGUUAGAGGAAUGCCAAGUGAAAGGUCCUGGAAUCUCAAAAUAUGCUCAGAAAACAGAUGAAAUUGAUGCGUACCUGGCUGAAUGCAUGGAACUGUCCACCGAACUGAUACCAACAUCCAAGCAACACCAGACUCCUGUCUACCUGGGAGCCACAGCAGGCAUGCGCUUGCUUAGAAUGGAAAGCGAACAAUCGGCAGACGAGGUCCUGGCUGCAGUGUCCACGAGCCUUAAGGGCUACCCCUUUGACUUCCAGGGUGCCAAGAUCAUCACUGGACAAGAGGAAGGUGCCUAUGGGUGGAUUACUAUUAACUAUCUGCUGGGCAGAUUCACUCAGGAACAGAGCUGGCUAAGCCUCAUCUCAGACAGUCAGAAACAGGAAACCUUUGGCGCUUUGGAUCUCGGCGGAGCCUCUACACAGAUCACCUUCGUGCCCCAAAACAGCACUACAGAGUCCCCAGAAAACUCUCUGCAAUUCCGUCUCUAUGGCGAGGACUAUACUGUGUACACACACAGCUUCCUGUGCUAUGGGAAGGAUCAGGCUCUCUGGCAGAAACUGGCCAAGGACAUUCAGGUUUCAAGUGGUGGCGUCCUUAAGGACCCGUGCUUUAACCCAGGCUAUGAGAAGGUUGUGAAUGUAAGUGAGCUCUAUGGCACUCCCUGCACCAAAAGAUUCGAAAAGAAGCUACCGUUCGAUCAGUUUCAAAUCCAGGGCACUGGAGACUACGAACAGUGCCACCAGAGCAUCCUUGAGCUCUUCGACAACAGCCACUGCCCUUACUCCCAGUGUGCCUUCAAUGGCGUCUUCCUGCCACCUCUCCAUGGGAGUUUUGGGGCAUUUUCUGCUUUCUACUUUGUGAUGGAUUUUUUUAAGAAGAUAGCAAAAAACAGUGUCCUCUCUCAGGAGAAAAUGACUGAGAUAACAAAAAAUUUUUGCUCAAAAUCUUGGGUAGAGACAAAGACAUCUUAUCCUUCAGUAAAGGAGAAGUACCUGAGUGAGUACUGCUUCUCGGGCGCCUACAUCCUCUCUCUCCUGCAAGGCUAUAACUUCACAGACAGUUCCUGGGAACAGAUUCAUUUUAUGGGCAAGAUCAAAGACAGCAACGCAGGGUGGACUUUGGGCUACAUGCUGAACUUGACCAACAUGAUCCCAGCUGAACAGCCGUUGUCCCCGCCUCUCCCUCACUCCACUUACAUCGGCCUCAUGGUUCUCUUCUCCCUGCUCUUGGUAGCUGUGGCCAUCACAGGCCUGUUCAUCUAUAGCAAGCCUUCAUAUUUCUGGAAAGAGGCAGUAUAGCAGGAGCGGCUGAAAUGUGCUGGCUGGAGAGAGAAAGCACCCUGCCCAGGAAGUGGGCUCCGCCCUGCAGGGAGGGAGGCUGGAGUCACCCUUCCCUGCUUAUCCGGGACAGUCUAGACCAGCAUGAAGCUUCUGAGGCUGCCUGGAGCCUUUCCUUGGGGUCACUCAACACCCUCUUCCUCAAGGACUUCUUGGUGAUACUCUCUUGUCUUUUCCAGUUACCUUCUUUCUCCUUUGUCCUCUGUGCUUGGGCUCACAACUCUCAUGGUCUGUGCUUCAUAAAAGAACAAUAUCAACUUUGUCCUGAGUGCCACCCUGCCCAAGCUGAGCUGGUUGGAAGACGAAACUUGGAAACUGUCUCAGCCAUGGCUUUGGGACGCUCCCCCCUCCCCAUAUCUCCUAAUAAAGCCAUGCCGUGCCUUUGGAGAGAAGAGACACAAACCCAGUCCAAGCCUGCCCUUUGGAUAGGAGAAUUUUCUAAAGUAGAUAAAUAUGUGCUAAAGCCAAAGAGUCUUUGCCAAGGAGCUUAUGUGCUUGUGCAGCUAAUGUGACUCAGCAUCUACUGAAAAUAAGAGUGGAGACAAACACAUUGUAUGUUCCUGAGUGAUGCCAAAAUGCUACCAAGUGGAACCAGAGAUUUGUGCAGAGUGGAUGCACAUGUAGGCAUUCAGGGCAUAGCAUGUGACAGUAGUAUACACAACUAGGAAGAAAGCUACAGAUACCACCCAGAAUUGGAAAAAAUAUAUCAUCUAAUGCAUCUUUUAGAGUUUUGUGUGGUUUUAUUUGUUAAAACACACAUAACAUAAAUUUCACCACAUUUACAUUCAGCUCAGUGUGGAAUUUAGUACAUCUACAAAGUUAUACAACAAUCACUAUUUUGACGAGUUGGCUUUCAGUUAUGUGUGUAUAUGUGGGUCUGUGCACAUGAGUACAGAGAACAUAGUGGCCAGAAGAGGGCGUCAGUCCUCCCAAGCUGGAGUUUUAAGCAACCAGGUAUGAGCUGUCCAGUGUGGGUGCUGGGAAUCAACUUGGGCCCUCUGCUCUUAACCUCUGAGUUAGGAGGUUGAGUUAACCUCUCCAGCCUCUAUACCACUAUUAUAUAACAUUCUAUUACCAAGAACUUGGCAGGGGACAAGACCAUACAUUGGUUUUCUCAAACCACAAAUCUGUCCACUGAUGGUCAAACCGACUCUGCAACACAGAGAUAGCUCACUGGGUUUGAAAGGCACACCACAUCUUAUUGUCCCAAGACUUUGUUUAGUGAGGGGAGGCAGGCUUUUGCUCUGCCAUGGUAUUUAUACAUCAGGUGUUGCUGCUCCUCCUCAGGGGUUAAGCAAACACAAGCCUUAUUUUCUUGUUUCAUGGAGUGUUUUGUGGAUAAUGAAUAAGUGGCUAUGGACUUUUAUUAUGGAAAUGUAAAGAGAUUUUAUGUCUUUCCUACCAGUAUUGCCGAAAGAAAGAAGUAACUGUUUGGGAGAAUUGAGCACUAUUGUAUUCUCGCCCUAACUCAAGCUGUCUCUCCGUCUCUGAUCUGGGGACUGACUACUUAGGAAAAUCUCCUGCAAGCUAAAAGCCAAGUGUCCUGAAUCUCUUGGGUAGUCAAGUCAUUUUUCCUUUUGAAUGUGUCUCUUCUGCUAUUCACAGUUGGACAUGCUGGCUAAGUUGUGGUAGCUGCUGCUGGCUGAGCGUCUGUGGUCAUGUGCUGUGCUUAGGCACACUGUAUCUUCUUCUGUUCUCAUAGCAGUCUGCGGUCAAACUCACAUCUGCCUUGAGUCUUUUUUUUCCCCUUUGUUUUUGAUUUUUGUUUUUGUUAUAGUUAUUUUCAAGGUAGGACUUCACUGUGAAGUUCUGGCUGUCCUGAAACUCACUAUAAAUAAAUACCAGGCUGGCCUCAAACUCAGAGAUCCACCUGCCUCCUAUGUGCUAGGAUUAUAAGCAUGCACCACCCUAUCUGGCCAUUUUAUUUUAUUUUCUUAAACUCCCUUCUACCACCACUGCUGCCAAUAUAUUGGAAUUCAAAAUUAUAAGUUUCCCUUGGAGAACAAAAAUAUUUUUAAUUACAUUUCUAUCUUGUUGCCCAAGUUUCUAACCAACCAACCAACCAAAACAUCCAACAUCUCAAUGGAGACAAUUAGGUACCACCUAAUCUCAAUUCCAUUAGACAGAGGUCAAAUAAAAUGAGGCACUACUUUCAAUGUUGAGUUGCCCGUUGGUUAUAGUUCAUUAUUAUUCAUCUGUAGACUGUCAUUCAGGCCUCAGAGGCUGGUUCUGCUAAGCUUGUUCCUUCAAAAGUCGGUGAUUUUUUUUCUACGAACCUACUACAAGGACAACCUUAAUCAGCAUAAAUGGUUUCAUUUGCAUAUAAAAAUGAAACUAUAGAACUAGGCUUUGUGUAUGCACAUGGAUAUGUAUGAGAGAGAAAAGUUUCAAUUCAUAUAAAAAAACGAGUAAGAAAUGUAACGUGAUAUAAACGGAAGUCUCAAAAGGACAUUUCAUGUUAGUGUUUUGUUAGCCAAGAUCCCUAUGGGAAACAGGUGGUAUACUCCAUAGUGGAAAACAAGCUGAGCUUAAAAAGGGACUAAAAUCAGAAUACCCUCAUUUCAAGAGUCGAUCAAUGUAAAAAUUGUUCAUACAGGUUUUCAAAAUCCUAAGCUUCCAAAAUCUGUUGUGUGGGACUAGCCACAUUUUUGGUAUCCAACACUGGCCGCCUGUUGGCAUGUUGCUGCUGGUGUUUCGGCAGGUUUGGAAAGCUGGCGUGUUGUGAAGUUCACAAGGCAGGUAAGAGGUGAGCCCUUGCUGCCUUUUCCUUGGGGAGCAUUGUACAAGUAGUCUAGGCGCACUGCCACACCCCUGCUGUUCUCUCAUUACACAGAGACGUGAAUGUUAUCCCUAGAAAAGCUGUUAAGUCCCAGCUGGGCAUUUUACUAGGACCCUAUGCUAUGGCUUUGCCACCUUUAAGUGACAACAGGGCCAUGUGAUGUGAGUUUCAUAAGAUUCCACCUGGGUUCAAAGAUAAUUCUUCAUGUUUGCAUUUUCCAAAAUGUAAAUUCGAGUGUCAAUCAAAGAUCCUCUUUAAAACUUUACAAAAAAAAGUUUUAUGUGUGUCAGUAUUUUGUCUGCAGAUUGUAUCUGUGUACCACCUGCAUGCAAUGCCCAAGGUCAGAAAAGGGGAUCAGAUCCUCUGAAGCUGAUGUGGCGUUGGAGGUGGUUUUUGGCCACUAUGUGGGUGCCACAAGUCUAACCAAGGUCCUCUAGAAGAACAGCCAGUGCUAAUAACCACCGAGCCACCCCUCCAGCCACAGAUCUUCUUUCUAAGUAGAAAUGGCUGUGCCUGGUGCUGCACACCUUUGAUCCCAGCACUGGGGAAGCA